AUGGCAUCUAGACCAGGAGAUACAAACAAGGGCAAUAACUUGGCCCUGACUAAUCCUACAUGGAAAGGAGUUUUAGUAAUCAUUGGUAGUAUAAUUGUUGAAUUUACUCUUGGAUCCUCCUACACACUUGGUAAUUUUUCUACAUAUAUAAUAUCCUAUAUGCGUGUCCGAGGAAUUUCUCCUGACAUUCUCUAUACCAGCAGCAUUUGGAUUUCCGCUUCCAAUACAAUUGCCACAGGAUUCUUUAUGUUUGUAUCAGGAUAUCUUGAGAAAUGUUUUGGUCCAAGAAUUACUACACUGAUUGCUGGAUGGUUUUUCAGUGGCUGCAUCGCUUUGACAUAUUUCAGUGUGCAGUAUUCAUUUCCAUGUCUCAUAUUAACAUACGGAUUUUUGAUUGGCAUUGGAGGGUCAAUUGUGUAUCCAGUUGGACUCAACUGUGCAAUGAGGUGGUUUCCUAAUAAGAAAGCAACAGCUGUGGGAGUUGUUCUGGCUGGAUAUGGUAUGGCAGCAUUUUUUUGGAACCCACUCAUUACAUUCUAUAUUAACCCCAAGAAUUUUACUCCUAACCGCAAAAUAGGGAAUGAAAUAUAUUUUUCUCAACCGGAAGUUCUUGACAAUGUUCCUUCUUGUUUUCUGGUUUUGGGAAGUUCUUAUGCAGUAAUUCUUCUACUUGGAGCCUUAUUGACGUUUAAUCCAAAAUUGUCUUCAGUGCCUGCCUCACAGACUAUCGAAACCGAAUCGGACUCAAAUUCAGAAUCGGAUUUGGAACAAAGUAAAAACGAGGACCAAAUACAAUUGAUGAGGAUAAGCAGAAAACGAGUGAAGCCAGAAUUACAACAGAAGAAUCAACCAAAUAUUAACAGCGAAAAUAAAGACUAUAAAACUGAAAUUUUGGAAGAAGAAGAAGAAUUCUCGCUGAGUCCACAAGAAGUGCUAAAAACUCGACAAUUCUACUUACUUUGGUUCAUUCUGUUCUUCCUUAAUCAAAGCAUUGACUUUAUUUGCACCCUGUAUAAGGCCUAUGGUCAAACCUUCAUAAAGAAUGACCACUUCUUGUCAAUGACUGGAGCCUUUGCAAGCAUUGCUAAUGCCAGUGGCCGUAUGCUCUGGGGAUUGAUUGGUGAUAGAUUUCCUUUCAAGAAAACCAUGUUCAGUUUGUUGCUCAUUUUGACCUUUCUGCUUGCUUCCCUGAGUUUCACAGAAAAAGGCGGCAAAUUCAUGUUCAGUAUUUGGAUCUUUCUUAUCUACUUGACAUUUUCAGGAACUUUUGUCCUUCUUCCUGCAAUUACACAGAAGACAUUUGGAGCUAAACACUACUUAACAAACUAUGGUCUGGUGUUCACAUCCCAUAUUCUCAAUGGAUCUUUGGGUUCCUAUAUGACGAUUGAGCUCAAGAAAAUCCUUGGAUGGCAUGGGAUGUUUUUUCUCUCAGCUGGCAUAUCAUCUAUCUGCGCCAUAUUUACUUGCCUUUUCACAGAACUGAAGCCUUCAUUAAACAGAUUUUCAAAAACGACGACAAGGGAUUAA